AGAGUUGGAGGAGCAGCCGAGCCUUCUUUCCCCGCGUGCAGCAGCGCGGGGCAACCGGCAGGGAAGAUGCUGGCCGGCGGAGCUUCGCAAAGGGCUCCACCAGCCUCUCCGGAGCCGGCGCGGCAUCGUAUCCCCGAGCAGCAGCAGCAGCAGCUGAGCUGGGGAGUCUGAACCUCCUGCAGCGGCCUCGGCCCGGCGGCGGCGGCGGAGGAAGAAGACGAAGAAGAAGAAGAAGAAGAAGAAGAAGAGGAGGAAAGAGAAGGAGGGGAAAGGACAAGAAAGAAGAAGAGGCCGAGCCCAGCGCUCGUUAUCGCCCUCGGCAUCAUGUCUCCAGGGAAGAGCUGGGCUCGUCUUCCCGCCGCCAAUUGCCCCUUCAGAUGUGUUGGUGUCCCAAUUAAUGGAUUCUGACAUGGAUUAUGAAAGGCCAAACGUAGAAACCAUCAAGUGUGUUGUGGUUGGGGACAACGCAGUGGGCAAGACUCGGCUCAUCUGUGCCCGCGCAUGUAAUGCCACAUUGACUCAAUAUCAGCUCCUUGCUACCCACGUGCCCACCGUCUGGGCUAUUGAUCAGUACCGUGUUUGCCAGGAGGUACUGGAACGUUCCCGAGAUGUUGUAGAUGAUGUUAGUGUUUCCUUAAGGCUUUGGGAUACCUUUGGGGACCAUCACAAAGACAGACGCUUUGCUUAUGGAAGAUCUGACGUCGUAGUAUUAUGUUUCUCCAUUGCUAAUCCAAACUCCCUCCACCAUGUGAAGACCAUGUGGUACCCUGAGAUUAAGCAUUUCUGUCCCAGGGCACCUGUCAUCUUGGUAGGCUGCCAGCUCGACCUCCGCUAUGCUGACCUGGAAGCAGUCAACCGAGCCAGGAGACCUUUAGCCAGGCCAAUCAAACCAAAUGAAAUUCUUCCCCCGGAGAAGGGACGAGAGGUAGCCAAAGAGCUGGGCAUCCCUUACUAUGAGACCAGUGUAGUAGCCCAAUUUGGCAUCAAGGAUGUCUUCGACAACGCCAUCCGAGCUGCCCUCAUCUCCCGGCGGCAUCUCCAGUUCUGGAAAUCCCACCUCCGUAAUGUUCAACGGCCGUUGCUCCAGGCCCCUUUCCUGCCUCCCAAGCCUCCUCCCCCCAUCAUCGUAGUCCCCGACCCCCCUUCUAACAAUGAAGAGUGCCCGGCCCACCUGCUGGAAGACCCUCUGUGUGCAGAUGUCAUCCUGGUGCUGCAAGAGAGAAUCAAAAUCUACGCGCACAAGAUCUACCUCUCCACCGCCUCCUCCAAGUUCUACGACUUGUUCCUGAUGGACCUGGACGAGGGGGACCAAGAGGAGAUGGCGGGCAGUAGCCUCAGGAUGGGGGCCGCGGAGCGGACGGUUCCUCAGGAACGACACCACCACGGGCGGGAAUUCCUCUUGAGGGCUGCGAGUUUCGACAUCUGCGAGAGUACUGAAGAAGCUGGCUCCGGCCAGCAAAAAACGUGCCUUAGAGCCUCCACCAGCGAUGGGAUUUUGCGGGGCAAGAACUACGGGGAACGAGGGCUAAAGCGGGGGAGGCUCCUCUCCUCCUGGAGCCGUGCCUUUGUCAGCAUCCAGGAGGAGAUGGCAGACGACCCCAUGACCUACAAACCCCGGCUGAUGGUGGUAGUGAAGAUGGACCCUUCCAUCCAGCUGGGACCGUUCAGGGCCGUCCUCAAAUAUCUCUACACCGGGGAGCUGGAUGAGAACGAGAGGGAUCUCAUGCAUAUCGCCCACAUUGCUGAGCUGCUCGAAGUCUUUGACCUCAGGAUGAUGGUGGCGAACAUCCUCAACAACGAGGCGUUCAUGAACCAGGAGAUCACCAAAGCCUUCCACGUCAGGAGAACCAACCGGGUGAAAGAAUGUCUGGCCAAGGGGAAUUUCUCAGAUGUCACUUUUAUACUGGAUGAUGGUGCUAUCAGUGCCCACAAGCCCUUGCUGAUCUCCAGUUGUGACUGGAUGGCUGCCAUGUUUGGGGGUCCAUUUGUUGAGAGCUCAACUCAGGAGGUAGUGCUACCAUACACCAGUAAGAGUUGCAUGCGAGCCGUGCUUGAGUACCUGUAUACUGGCCAGUUUUAUUCUUCUUCAGACCUUGAUUACAUGAAGCUCAUCAUCUUGGCCAACCGCUUGUGUCUGCCACACCUGGUUGCACUCACAGAACAGUUCACUGUGUCUGGUUUGAUGGAAGCAACACAGAUGUUAGUGGAUAUAGAUGGCGAUGUUCUUGUGUUCCUGGAGCUGGCUCAGUUCCAUGGUGCCUACCAGCUUGCCGAUUGGUGCCUCCACCAUAUCUGCACCAACUACAACAAUAUCUGUCGCAAGUUUCCUCGGGAAAUGAAAGCAAUGUCAGCAGAAAAUCAGGAUUAUUUUGAGAAGCAUCGGUGGCCCCCCGUUUGGUACCUCAAGGAAGAGGAUCACUUCCAGAGAGCCAGGAAAGAGCGCGAGAAGGAAGACUACCUCCAUCAGAAAAGGCAGCCGAAGAGACGGUGGCUCUUCUGGAAUGCCUCUUCCCCUUCCUCAUCGGCAGCCACAGCUUCCUCCUCCUCUUCCUCCUCCUCCUCUUCCUCUGCUGUGGUUUGAGGGCUGCACUGCCUAUCUGCUUCGAUGGCUGUGAGAAGGAGGGAGCCGACUGGCGCCUGGCAUCCCCAAGGCGUGGCGAGAGGCCACAGGCCGAGGCCUUUCAGCGGAGAAAAUCAAGCAUGAAUAUCCCUGAGAGGCUGAUGAGGAAAAACCUCCGAAGGAGAGCAACUCAGGAGCCAGAAUUAUCCAACCAUCUCAUCCAGAGCUCUGGGUGGCCUCCCUUCCUGCCUUGGCUAAGUCUAGAAGCACAGCAGUUGGAGGCCACCAACCAGUGGAACGGAAAGCGGCUCCGUUUUCUUUCCAAGAGGCUCAACUCAUCUCGCGGGACUGCACCUCCCUUUUGCAGAAAUGCUGGAGGGGGCGAACGUUUUGGUUUUUUUUUUUUAAUUAUAUAU